AUGUCAUCGAAGAUCCCCGAGUCGAAUCUCAGAUUGGAGAGUGGCAGAGUUUCACACUGGUCCUCAGAUUGCGAUGUGGCCGGAGCUAUCGAAAAUGCUGCCAGGUCACAGCUGGAUACUCCCGCUGAUCAACGGGCCGCGUUGCUUGCUGUGGAGAAGGCAAUCAGGGAAAGCGACGUCAUCAAAGAUUCCUCGACUAUAGAUCUUUACGAUUGGGCAUGUACCGGACUUGGUGAAGACUAUAGCAAGACUAUUGGCGCACUGCGCCUGUCUUUCGUCAAAAGUGCUUGGAAGCCCGGCAAUGCGAAUCAAGAAGCAUUCAAAUCAUUCUACGCAUGUGUUGCCAAUGGUGACUGGGAGAAUGCGCAAAAGAUCGCUGCAAUCAUGGACCAGAAGCUCCCUAGCGAGUCUAGACCUCACUUCUCCAACAUCCUGGCGUACUAUGUCCUAUCGUCCCGGCUACCAGUGACAGACCCGCGAAAAGCUAUGUUUCGUACACUGGCUCAGCGGCUGACCGAAAAAGCUUAUGGCUUACGGGACAAUACGCCCAAUUCAAAGGACUAUCCUCCCCGAGCAAUUGCCACUGAAGAAGAAAUGCGUUUGUGGCUAAAGAUCCAGGUCGAGACAAGACAAUCGGACAGUGAGGCCCGCGCGUUUCUCGACAAACCUGAAUGCAACGCUCUGAAGCAUCUGUCUGAAGGCCACGUAUCUGUCUUUAAGGAGAUUAUGAGUCUUCUGGAACAACAUCAAGUCUGGGAAGCAUUAUUCCAUAUCUCACAAGAGCUGUUCGAUCGAGGACUGGAAUACUUGAUUGAAGCCCAAAGUUCCACGGAAUCCGAGCCUGACUCAAUGACUGACUCGGAAAGGAAGAAGCAUGAGGCAAUGAAAGUCAUUCAAGAAUUCACAGCCUCUCGGUCCGAGGAACUUUCUGAGGUCAAGAAGGCGGCCGAGGCCCGUGCUUUCCGAAGUGCAGUUAUGGACUGGUCUCUGUGGAAGCAGUUCAUCGGCGCUGCUGUUCAACUUCAGGAUCACAAGAGGGCUCUCAAACAGUUACAAAACUUCGUGACGAAGGUCUCUAAAAGUGCCAAGCUUCCGAGUAUAUACAAGAAGCAGAUGGAGCUUGCCAAUCUCUUAAUCCUGUUUGGACGAUCGCAGUCAAACACUUCGACUUCGGACGAGAACAUUUCGGAAUCUCGUAUCAACUAUCUCGUUGCAUUCGUCGUCGCAAACUACAACCUUGUGUCUUGUUUUGAUGACCUCAAGCCGUACCUUGAGCAGCUCUCUUUCGACGAAACGAAGGUCUUCCUUGAGCGGAUUGGGCAAGAGGGAGAGAAAGAGACCAACGACACGUUCCAGAACCUGAUGCUACUAACCCUUCGGUUGAGGUUCCGAUAUCUCUUUACCUCCUCGCCCAAAUCGUUGUCAACAUCUGCCGGGGACGCUUCUAGCAGGUGCAACUUUUGUCAGAAUAUCGUCCAGGACGGUCCUUGCUUCAGCAACAGAGAUCUCCGGGCACGCAUUGACUCGGAGGAUGUCGAUCCCUUCGCCGACAUGACCAUCAUCGGAACUACUUGCUUGCUGAAAAUGGCAGGCUUCGGCGACGAGCGGAGGGGCUCGACCAUGGAGUCAAUCAAUCUCAAGCUGGUCUUAUGGGCUCUCUCGUGGUUGAAUGCCAAAUACAGUCGCACACCCCAGAAAAACCAGGCACUACCGGUCUUCAUGGCCAAGCUCUAUCUCUUGGUCGGGUGUGUCCCCCACGCCAAAAUGCUAUGGGACACUCUCGGGGUCAAGAACGUCACUCUCGAUUCUCUUGGCCCGCUAUUUUCUGAUCGUUUGUCGACCAUAGCACCAGGCAUGUGGCGCCCCACUGGCAGCACUCCGAUGUACCCAUACCACAAGCAUUAUAUGGACGCCAUCCGACAGAACAUCCCCAGAAAUAUCCGAACAUCUCUGGAGCUUGGCAACUUCACCAGCACACUGGGCUUAUUGGCAUUCCAAGACCGUCUAACCCAUAGUUGUACGAUGAUAGUGUCAAACGUGGAAGACAGACGGGGAAUACGGGCGGUUGGUGGCAAGCCUGGGUUCGAUGCCAAAGAUGACCCUUUGCUUCGCUUGAUCGACAACCAGAAGGAGUUCGUCAAUGUGACUGAUAACGCUGCUUUACCAAAUCACGAGUGUGACCCUGCCACCCUAGCAGACAUCAUCAGCAUCGGGCCCGGUCUCUCUGAUACCCGCGCGAAGCUGUCCCUUUUCACAGAGCAGUUCAUCUCCCUCAUCUCCUACAAGGAGCCAAAGGACUUCAAGCCUAUCAAGCCAGCUCAGGUUGCAGAACUUGAGAGGUCCUAUAUUGCUCAGACUGCCCAGAGCAUCCACAUGAAUUUUGCGACACCUUUCUUGCGAUGUCUCGACGCAGCGACAGACAAUGAGACCGUUCCAGUAUUGACAGAUUCCGAAUUCCACUACUUCACUACGAUCAACUUCCUACUCUCGCAUGCGGUCCUGGCCACCGAGCGCCAAUGGAACAAGAGCGCUCCGCGGGACAAGCGAGGCUCGACCAUAGUUGGAAAGAUAGCCGCCCAAAUCAAGUACCAGACCACGUCUCUUGCACUGGUUCGCGAAGAUACUCCAGAGACGGCGAGAGCACUGUGUCACUUCUCAAAUCUGCAUGCCUUGGGUAUGCUGCGCGAAUCAGCAUUGGCUGUGAAGCUCACGGCUGGCUUCCUCGAGCGGCUCAUCGCGCCGGCCAAGAACGAUGCCCCGAAGUGGUUGGCAGACGACGUCAAGGCCUUGCAAAGCGCCGCUACCGAAGCCAACGACUUUGUCAAGAAGCGUAUCAAGGCGCUCAGCGACGCUGCCAACACGUCGGGCUCGCUCGACAGCAUCUCCGAGUAUGCCUUCGGCGGCCUCAUCGACGGCUCCAAGUCCGUAAAUGCUACUCCAGCCACUGCUGCAGAUGGAGAGCUCGAGACCAUGAUCUUUGUGGCCGCCGGCCAGCACGCUGGGUUUGAGAACACGAUUGGAGAGAUUUUGGAUUCGUGGCAAGAGGUCGCCAAGGGCUGGAAUACGGUUAAGCUCGACUAA